UUGUUGUGAUUUUGUUUUUGUGUCCUAUUCCUUUUAUUCUCAGAUUUUUAAAUUAAAAUUAGUUUAUGACUUUUUGGUGAAUUAGAAUAGCAGCGAAAUGGCUGCAAACGGCGAAAAAUGUUCAUCAUCUAAGAUAUGGUGGAUAACAUUUGGAUUGGUCUGUGGAGCUACAUUCCUGACAAGAUUUUAUAAAGUAUUGGAACCAGAUCAUGUGUGCUGGGAUGAAACACAUUUUGGCAAAAUGGCAAGCAGUUACAUAAACAGAACCUUCUUUUUCGAUGUUCACCCUCCCCUUGGAAAGAUGCUUAUAGCCUUGUCCGGUAAACUUACUGGUUAUGAUGGUACAUUUCAUUUUGAAAAACCUGGUAGCAAGUUUGAUGGUGCAAGAUAUGAAGGGAUGCGAAUUUUCUGCACAACAUUGGGAGCUUUGAUAAUUCCACUAACGUUUCUGACUAUUUGGGAAAUGACAAAGAAUCUUGACUCUACCAUAAUUGGCACAUUACUCUUACUGUGUGAUGUUGGCUUCUUAACACUCAAUAGGUACAUUUUACUAGACCCAAUUCUGCUGUUUUUCAUGAGCUGCACGAUAUAUGGUGUGUUCAAGGUCCGUACUCUGACUGAGGAAGGCUUGCCGCCGUUUUCUGCUCGGAUGCUAGCGUGGCAGGUGUACCUGGGUGCGGCGCUCGCGAGUACCAUAUCCGUGAAGUUUGUGGGCUUGUUCAUCGUUUUGUUCGCCGGCCUGCGCACUAUCGCCGAUUUGUGGAACAUUCUCGGCGAUUUGACGAAACCUGUUAGUUUAACUGUAAAACAUCUGAUUGGAAGAAGCAUUACAUUGAUCCUAUGGCCGAUACUACUCUACGUGUUUUUCUUCUGGAUUCAUCUCACAGUGCUCAGCAAAAGUGGUAACGGCGACGGCUUCUACUCGUCGGGUUUCCAAGCGCGUCUGGAAGGCAACAGCCUGAACAAUGCCAGCGCGCCGCGAGUGCUGGCGUUCGGGGCGACUGUCACUCUGAAGAACCAUCGCACGGGAGGCGGCUAUUUACACUCGCAUCACCAUCUAUAUCCUGCAGGGGCUGGAGCUAGGCAGCAGCAGAUAACAACUUACACACAUAAAGACGAGAACAACAGAUGGAUCGUCAAGCCCUACGACCGCGAAGAAGUCGACGGUGUCGUACUGGUACGCAGCGGAGACUUGGUGCGCCUGACGCACGCGGUCACCGGCCGAAACCUGCACUCGCACCGCGAACGAGCUCCUAUGACCAGCAAGUUCAUGCAGGUCACGGGGUAUGGUGAGGAUGGCGUUGGAGAUGCGAAUGAUGUUUGGAAGAUAAUAGUGUCGGGAGGCAAAGAUGGCGAUGAAAUACAGACAGUGCGAAGCAAACUCGUUUUUGUGCAUUAUUUGCAGGCGUGUGCCUUAACGACGACGGGCAAACAGCUGCCCAAGUGGGGCUACGAGCAGCAAGAGGUGGCGUGCAACCCCAACCUACGCGAUAAUAACGCGCUUUGGAACGUUGAGGAUAAUAUCUUCGACCAGUUGCCAAAGAUGAGUUUCGAGGUGUACGCGUCGAGCUUUCUAGAACGACUGAUAGAGUCGCACGCGGUCAUGUUGCAUGGAAACGCCGGUCUCAAACCCAAGGAAGGAGAAGUGACUUCUCAACCCUGGCAGUGGCCUAUUAACUAUCGGGGUCAAUUCUUCUCUGCAAAUUCACACAGAAUCUAUUUACUGGGCAAUCCGGUGGUAUGGUGGGGAAACCUGGCGUUCCUGGCGGUCUUCUUCCUGCUCUUCGUCGUUAACUCUAUUAGAGAGAAGCGCGCGCAAGCUUUUGGAAAACCCAUAGAAGGUGGUGAAAACAGGGCUCUACUGAACGCAGCAGGGUGGAACUUUGCGGGUUGGGCGCUACACUACGUCCCGUUCUGGGCGAUGGGGCGCGUGCUGUAUUUCCACCACUACUUCCCCGCACUCGUCUUCAGCUCUAUGCUCACUGGUAUCCUCACAGUGUACCUGCUGCAGAGCAUCAAGAGCUACUUGAGCCCGGAGCUAGGCCGCACGGUGUACCAGAGCGCCAUAGGUCUCGUGAUAUCGACCACAGUGUACAGUUUCUAUCUGUUUUCGCCUCUCACGUAUGGAAUGAGCGGACCGAUGUCUAACGAACCUAAUUCAACUGUCUCGGGUUUGAGAUGGCUGGAUACUUGGGAAUUUUAAUGUCUUAAUUAAAACCUAAAUUGUUCCAAU